CCCCUUCCCCGCAUCUCACUGCUUUCACUCUACCAUCAAUCAAUCCUACUCCCUGAACAGCCAUGACAGACACAGUCAUUCGUCAGGUCGCUCCUACCAUAUGCAUAUUCAGCAGACCAUUCUACCGCUUCGGCCCCAUCCCCGUAGGUGGUAGAUCUACCGCUAUCAAACUCUCUACUGGGGAUGUAUGCGUCCUCGCAUCUACAAAGCUGGACGAUCCCACCAAGGCGAAGCUGCAUCAACUCGGGCCCGUCAAGUAUAUCAUGGCUGCCGAUGCAGUGCAUACGAUGUUCAUCAGCGACUUCAAGCGCGAAUUCCCAGAUGCGAAGUGCAUUGGUGUCGAGCCACUGCCGGAGAAACGCAAGGAUAUAAACUGGGACGGAGCAUAUGGGAGAGAUGCUCCGGAUACAAAGUAUGGUUUUGAACCAGAGGUGCGUGCCUGGCUCCUCCGUCUUCCAGUUAUUGACCUUCCUGAGAUACAAGCACAGUAAGUCUGCUCAACCGGACGAGAUGGGUGUCUUUUAUGAGGUCGAUGUCCAGCUACAUCCCGUCACACGUGAACCAAGACGUGGCUUUUCUUCAUACGCCGUCCAAGACACUGAUAGAAGCAGAUCUCCUCUUCAACCUCCCUGCGAAAGAGCAGACCAAAUCUGCCCGUUCAUGGGCGAUGAGGUGGUCUGGGUUUGGACCAGAAUCAGGACUGCACAAGCGCUUCUCACUGCUUAUUGGGAAGGAUCAGACCAUAAUGAAACGGGAUGUGCUUUGAUAGGAUCAUCCCGUGCCACGGUGACGUGAUCGAGGCGGAUGGUAAAAAGGCGUGGACGAACGCUUAUGAAUGGCUGCUCAAGUCUGACUGAAGUCUAUAUAUACG